AGCUUAGCUUGUGGUUCAAAUUCUCUUCCCAAUUUUCUUGGCCUUGCGCCUUCGCUCUCCCUCCCACUCUCUACAAUUUUACUAGCUUUCUUCCUACUUCAUUUCCUCCCACCUCUCUCUCUCUCUCUGUCCUUCUGGAGACGGAGUGCCUCUUCACAGCUCUGAGCUUCUGUAAGGGAGAUGCUGCUUGAGAUCAUUUCAUCCUUGUCUUGAUCCUUCCCAUGGCACUUACUGCAAGCAAGGUUUCAAGUGAUCCUGUAGCGAGUGAUAGGAAAAAUAUCCUUAGAUCACAGGGAGCUGCAUAUUCUUUUGCCCAGUCACCACAACAUGAUAAAAUACAUUUUCCUAGUCCCGUAAUCAAACGGCAACUGAGCCAUGGACAUCUCUUGACAGCAAAAUCGAGUUUUUCAAAUGGGGAUUUGUGGCGCAGAUGUCAAAAACCUCUUAGUUUCAUUGUCUCUCGGGGUGCUUCUAUAAUAUGCAGGUCCAAAGGAACACACAAAACCAAAGAAAAAGAAUUUGUUAGGAGUUAUGGUGAUUGUGAAGAUGUAUUGAGUGCACAAAUUGGUGAUGAAGAAGAUAAGCAUCGAGUCAUGCCUGAGAGUUGUCGCUCCAGUCUGGGCUUAACUGAAGCUUGUAAAUUUGUCCACAACGAUGCCAAGUUCGUAAAUGAAAGGGCUCGUAAUGACAUUGUCUUGCUUUCUCGUGGAAUAAUGAGGUUGGAUGCCCGGGUUCGACAAGAUGUAGCUAUUCUUGGGUCAAAAUUUCUUAAGCUUGAUGCUCGGGCGAGAGAAGAUACUGAGAAAAUUGAUCGCAGUGUCAAAGAAAAAGCUGAGCGCCUUCAUCAUAUUGCUACUAGCUUGACAUACAAAGCACAGUCUAGAUUGAAAAAAGCUGCUGAUAAGCAUUGGAGUGAUGGAGCCCUAGAGGCUGAUUUGCGCCUAGCUGACUUCCGUGCAAAACAACGUGCAAUGGAAGAUGCCCUAAUGGCUUUGGAGUUUGUGAGAAAUAUCCAUGACAUGAUGGUUAGCAAGCUGUACAAAUUUCCGCUUCGUACAGAAAAUGGUUCUCUCACUACCAAUGAUGUGAUGGGGCGCAUAAUGCUUGAAAAAAAUGGGAAAACUCUUGAUUUCUUCGCCAGUGAAGUGUCUACUGACCGCAUAGCUGCUAUUCAGGAAGCUUACUGGAGCAUGGCAUCUGCUCUUUCUGAAGCUGAUGGGAUUGACUAUACUGAUCCUGAAGAGCUGGAGCUGUUGAUUGCAACUCUUAUAGAUCUUGAUGCAAUGGAUGGUAAAAGUAGUGUAUCGUUAUUGGCAGAAUGUUCAAGUUCUCCAGACGUCAGUACCAGGCGAGCAGUAGCCAAUGCAUUGGCAGCAGCCCCAUCCAUGUGGACUCUUGGUAAUGCGGGCAUGGGGGCAUUACAGAGACUAGCGGAAGAUAGUAAUCCCGCAAUUUCUAUUGCGGCAUCCAAAGCUAUUUAUGAACUGAAGAAACAGUGGGAGAUAGAGGAAGGAGACAGCUGGAGGUUUAUGAUGAACCAACAGACUAAUAAUGAAGAUAGCCAAUAAGCUGAAGAUGAUGCAGUUACAAAUUAAAAUACUUAGAUAGUUGUAGAUAUUCACAGAAGGUCUCGAGUUUUAGGAUAAACCCUCUGAUCACUAGAAAGUGAUGUAAAGGAGAAGGCUUUCAUAUUCUACAUGAAUACUUUUUCUGUUUCCAACUUAUUUUCCAAGAUUUUCCAUUCUCUAUGACAUACGAAUCUGCUUUCCAUUGCGAGCUA